AUGGGAUCAAUCAGUGAAAAUAAUCCUCCGCAAGAAGAGGAAAUUCGAGUUUUAGUUACUGGUUUUGGUCCUUUUCGAGCGCAAUAUCCAAUUAAUCCAUCAUGGGAAAUCGCAUCUCGUCUACCACGUUAUGUCCCUACAGAUGUACAGGACGAGGGCCACCAUCCGCAUGUGCGACCACCAAUAGUCAAACCUACGCCUCGCAUUCGGAUUGACACUUAUGAAGCACCGAUUCAUGUAGGAUACGAGGCCGUUCGGGAGCUUAUUCCUAAACUCCUCGAUGAAUAUACUGCUGGAUCUGAGCCGGAUUAUAUAUUACAUAUUGGGAUGGCAUCUGGACGAUCCUUUUACAGUUGUGAGCGACGUGGCCAUCGCAGUGGGUAUUCUAUGCGAGAUGUCGACCAGAAACUCUUGAAUGAUGAAUACAGCAGGGUCGAAGAGGGCGACAAUUGGAUAUGGCAUGACUGUCCCGAGGAACUGUUGACGACUUUACCAUUUGAUAAAAUGUUUCGUCAGUGGAAAGAGGCUUGCCCUGUUCGUAUUGAUUCUUCUACCUAUUUCAUGGAUACCACUCCUAGGUCCUCUAUCUCUACCCGACCAUCACUAAGUACAGAUAUACAGGAAGUCGAUACACGCAUCUCCGAGGACGCUGGUAACUACCUUUGCGACUUUAUAUACUAUACCUCGCUCGCACAUCGCUACAAGCAACAACAACCAAACAAAGCAAUGUUCCUGCACGUACCGCUGGAAACAGAUCAUGAUUCUAUACAAAAAGGCGUCAAAAUUACAACCGAGUUGAUCCGGGCAAUGGUUGAAUGUGAUUUGAAAGCUAAAGACGCUGCCGGAAACAGCAUUGAUGUCACAAAGGACAGAGUAGGAUUGUGA